UUCUGCUUAAACUCUUGCUAGAGUAAAUAUGAAUGCAGGUGGGAAAAUGCCGAGGCAAGCUACUGUUAGACCAGUCCCCGAGGAGCAUCAUAUAACAAUUGGGCGAAACAACAUUAGAUCUCGUUCAACUGAUCCUCCUGGAAUAGCUGCUUCCUCUGCUCAGACUCCAGAGACAAAUGAUCAUUACGUCCAGUACAUCCGGGGAUUCACUGAUUUGGCCUCUGCAUUUAAUUGGGGCGUUGUAGCGCUUACCCUUGGAAGCUAUGGAAUGCUGCUGUGUACCCCUGUAUUUUGGCUGUGCUGGAGUAUACUUGUCACAGAGGCUGUCAUUUUCUACUCGAUAAGACCUUACUGGAGCUGGAUUGAAAAUUCCUCCCAAGCUACAGAUCAAUCACAGGAGAGUAACAAGCUUCAUCGACCUUCUGAUCAUGGCAGAGCAGGAGUCGUCUUUCUCAAGGUAGGCAUGAGCAUUGCCCUCAUUACCCUGCUUUUAUAUAACCAGAACAUCACACAAAGGCAGAGCAAAAUACUCUUGUUUGUUGCGCUCUCCAUUAUUGUAUUCGAAGGGUUUACGCCCAUUUUAAUAGUAAGAGAGGAAUUGAGGACUUUAAUGGAGGUCCAAUUGGGAAAUGGUACGCAGAUGACAAGCAAUAUUACAGAGGAAAAUAAGUGGAAUGCCGCAAAUUUCUUAACUCCGUCUGUGAUAAAUGCAAUGAUUGGUGCGACAGGGGCAAUUGUCCUGGGAGGAAACUUGGGCAGUCUGAUGCCCGAGAAAGCCUACUGGAUUUUCGCUUCUAUAUUUGUUGUAGAUCUACUGGCAGAGGCCAUUCAUAGAUUUGAUUGUGGAAAGCGCUCUCUGUUUGAUAUCCCAGAGGAUUUGGGAAAUACACACUAUGUGGCUAUCAUAUUGCGACUGGUUGUUGAAGGGUGUCUGUGUUACUGGAUGACCAAAGAGAUCUGUCAAGAUUCAUAUUUUGCUUCAAAUGUGGACAUAAAUGCCUGUGACGGGCAGUGCCAAGAGAGGAGUAAGCAACUGCUGAUCACAAUGGUAGCUCUGGGAGGCCUCCAAGCGGCAGGGACUUUCAUCUCCCCUUUAUGUUCUUGUAUUAUUGGUCCUCAUUAUCUCCCCUCCAUACUUUUCUCUGUCAUUGUUUUCAUAGGUUAUCAGAUGCAUUUUGUAACUUAUAAAUUGUUUUGUGGCUUCAUUUAUGUGAUCAGGUACAAUUGUACGUAGUAUUAGAGUUGUAUCAGGGGAUCAUCAUGUAUUAGAGUUGUCUGUAUGGAGUGUUUUGUAUUUUGUUGUAAGAGGAAAAGUCGUAGUGCUUAAAUAUUCGGUCCAAAAUUUAAUAUGUUUUUCUGAGAUUCUUUAAACGUAAUGUAAAAAGUGGUGAAGACUUUUUUAUUUGUUUCAAAAAGUUCUCACCAGUAAAAAGAAGUUUAAAUUAAUGUUAGACAGCACUUUUAGUUUUUU